AUUGUCAUAUAUGCAAAGGUGCAGCAGCACUAUAAAAUGGGUAUUCCCCCGAUUGGCUCCAGUAUUAAGAAGUUAGAAGACAUCCCAAGAGUCAUUUGCAUUCAAUAUUCGAUUUCGUUCAGAGAGUUUUAUUUAAAUUGUAAUUCUACGUCAUAAAUAUCAUUAAAAUAAAAUAGAAUGGCUUCAAAAACGGCAGCAGAUUUACAGCAAGAGUUUGCUAACAAAAAUGCAUUGUGUGCGCAGCAGCCUCUAUCAACAAUCCUCGUUUUAGUAGUGCGAUCAGGAAAUUCGGAUGUUUUAAAUAGCAAAAACUAUACUUGCCAUCAUGUUAUAACCAAAGUUAAACAAAACUCUGAUGGAGCUACCAGAGCUUUUACAGACGAAUUCGGAAAUGUAUUUGCUGAUUGGGAAUCGUUUAAGGAAGACAAUAAAUUUGACUACGGUGUUAUAGUUUCGCCAUUGAAUGGUGUUUACACUUUAAAUAAUGACGGCGUAGUAAAACUAGAACAGUGGGAAAAACGAGCUGAUAAAAUAGCCAUUGAAAGUAAAACAGCUGGCGAGUUCCAACAGGACUUUGGGAAUGAAACUAUAUCUCUUGGAUCAAAUUGUAACUCAAACUUAAUUUAUGUACUGGUCACAAAUUCAAAGGAGUUAGAAGAAGCGGAAAAUUCCCGGGAGUUUACUUCUCAUCCAGUGAUUCGUAGCAGUGUUCCCAAACAAGAAUACGAAGCUUUCGUGGACGAGGAUGGGAACUCUUAUAACGGUUGGGAUUCUUAUAAGCGCGAAAAUAAAUUGAACGACGGUAUUUUGGUCGCUCCUAAAAAUGGAUGUUACAGCUUUGAUACUAAUAAUCGCGUUGAGCUUGAAAUUUGGAAAACUUCUGAAUUGAGUGUAGCAAUUCCCGUUAUUGAGAGCGAGCCUCCUACGAUUCGUGAAUAUCAUUACAACUUAGCACUAGAAGUUCAAUCUGAUGAUGGAUUGACAACGUCCACGAUUAGUGUGUUGGUAACAAAGGAAACUAACAUGUACGAUGCUUUAAACUCGCGUGAAUUUUCGUCCCAUACUAUAGUGCGAAUAUUAAACGCUACAACUGGUGUUCAAAGUUUUAAGGAUGAGUGUGAAAUUGAGUACAUGUCAUGGGAUUUAUUUGUUAGUGGAAAUAGAUUACCUGAGGGUAUUAUGGUCGCACCUAAAAAUGGAAGUUAUUGCUUUGAUAAAAAUGGGGACGUUGAGUUAGAGGUAUGCUUAACUCCAGCUUGCAUACCAAAGCCAAGAGGAGAUUCACUUCGGCCUACUAUCAGAAAUCUUCAGCAACACUAUGCGGUUAUGAACAAAUAUUUGAAAGAGGAUACAAUUGUUCUGCAUGUACUACAUACCUCGAAAUACCAUGAUAAUGUUCUAGAUGUAAUUGAGUUUAAAGACAUUGUGGUUAAACAGAAUAAAUGCAAAGGAGGGUCAACACUCUUUUAUGAGGAUGAAAAUGGAGUGUCAUACCUCAACUGGAACACUUAUCUAAGCAGCUUGCCCGGAGGGAUGUCGGUUUCACCUAAAGAUGGUGAAUACACAUUCGAUGAAAAUGGUAACGUACAGUUGCUGGUCAUGUACAAGGAAGGAAAAGUACAAGCAAAGACAAACACAAUACGAUCAGUUUCGAAUGUACAACAGGACUUCGCGAACAGCAGUGGUUUUAAAAGAGAAAUAAUUUGGGAUUUACUGUCUAAAGAUCAAUCCACAGUUUUGAAAAAAAAAAUAAAACAACUCAUACCUGAUCAAGAAAGAGGAAAUACUAAAAUUGCAGAAAUGCGAAAUGCGAUAUUUAGUAGCGUUUGGGCUCAAAGAAAAUACACCAACUAUAAUUCAUUGAGUGCAAUCAUUUACGUACUUGUUACCAAGUGUAAUACUAAGAUAAAAGCUUUGAACUCGGAAAAUUUUUCUUGUCAUCCAGUUUUUCGAACUCGAAAAUGUAUAGAUGAUGACAACAGCUCUAAUUGUUGUAUGAUAUUUGUGGAUGAGUUCGGACGCGUUUAUCGAAAUUGGAAAACCUACAUAUCCGAUAAUGAUCUUCCAGAAGGUUUAAUGGUUGCACCGCGCAAUGGCGUUUAUACAAUCGAUGAUGAUGGUAAAGUCCAAUUGGAAGUGCACACAACCCCAAAUGGUGGUGAUGGCAGAAAGCUAAUUGGUUUCACAGACUCAGCAACAGCAGUAGCAGGUCUUGGUGCUGCUGCAGUACCAAUAGCAGGUAUGAUGAUAACCGUCGCUCCCGCUGUUUUACUGGGCGCCGGUGCUGUAUGCGCUGCCACUGCUGCAUAUUCAACCGUGCGAUCAAUAUAUACUUUAUUUGAUCGUAAACAACAUGAACAACCGAUCGGUUUAAACAGUUCACAAGCAAGAAAUGCUUGGCUUGGCGUGGGAGCAGGAGUUGUUGGGAUGGGCGCAGCACGUGCUACGCGAGCUGUUACAACCGCCGCAGCUGCUGGACGAGAGGUAUCAUUGGCUACCGAGAUAGUGGCGAACGGUAUGAACAUUUCUUCCAUCGUAUUAUCGGGAACGGGAGUUGCAAAUGGAAUGUUGGAUAUAAUACUAAAAGUACGUGAUGAUGAGAAAGUGUCUAGCCUCGAUAUUGUACAAGUAGCAGCAUCUUUUGUGCUUUUCACACAUUCUGUCCAAAAUUUCCGUUAUGCAUCAACUUUAGUAAAUGAAACUCAACACGCCACAAUUCAAGACUAUCGAAGAUCAUUAAGUAAUCGCCAAAGAAAAAUGUUCGAUAAAAUGUCAAAAGAAACAAUUCGCAUUCGAGGUGCAAACCGUGGAAACAUAGAUAUUAUUCGCGGCGUUAAUGACUUGCCCACCAAACAAUAUCUAAAUGAUCUAUAUAAAGUUAACAAAAAAUUAAAUCAAGCUAAGGUACGACCCGCAUUUGGAGUGGCAGGUGACGGUGUCGUGCUCAACAAUGAAGUUUCUAUUGAUACAAAAGUUUUACGAAAUAAUCUUCAAAACAAUCAAGGUCCUAAUGUAUUGGAAACAGUUAAACAACCCAUACCAGUAUCACAUUCAAAAGUUAAUGUUGCAACGAACUCGCCAUUGUUCUUGAAUAAUGCACUGGGAAGUAUUAUUCUACCUAAUAAUAUCGAGAUUUUUUUCGCUACAUAUGGAUUUAGACUUUUUGAACUUAUUAGCAAUCAGGAAAGCUUUGAAGAUAUAAUAACCAUAAUGGCAGAUGCUUUUUCACAAGAUACAUUUAAUUUUUUAAUGAAAUUAGCACAAGAAUUUGUUGAAAAGAAAUUAGAUGAUUUGAAAAAAACUGUCAAGGUUUUUAUAUCAGCCGAAACCAUAUUAUAUCGUAUAUUUGUGUAUUGUGAGGAAAACUGCUUUGAACAGUCUUAUGAAUAUCUCAGUCGUAAAAAAGAUGCAAUUAUGAAAGCUUUACAAGACUAUUUUCUUUCAUUUAGAACAUUUUCUUAUAGCGGAUCCCGAAGAUGUGAAAUUUGUUCCGGAUUAUACUCCAUUGUCGAGUUGUAGAAAUUUUGAUAGAGAAAUUUCAAAUUUUAAGCACAAUAAAAAAACAUAUGUAUUUAAGGGAUUAUCGUGGCCUUAUUAUAUUAGGAAAAGAACGACGUAUUUUAUAUCACAAUAAAAAAAAAAAAAUCAUCACAAUUUAUAUAAUUACAAAUACAUAAGGCAACUAAAUAAACUGAGUUUAUUAUUUAUCAUUUUAUGACACUCUAGUAAUAAUGUAGUCAACACGCACUCACUCACGCUCGCCUGUGUAUGUAUAUAAAUAUAAAACUUUUGUAUUAUCCCUUUAUACGUAUAAUAAAGUACUUUACCGUUCUUAAUCUAUAAAAA